UUUUGAAAAUAAUCUUACUUUGAAAAUGCCCAAAGCGGAAGCUAGCGAAUGGCAACUUGAUUAGCAAAGAAAGAGCUAUUUUGUGAAGGGAAGGCAAGGUUGGUGCGCGGCGAGGGUCUUGCCUGCUGGGGGUUGUGGCUGGUUGCAGGGUUUCUGGAACAAAAGAGCCGUGUCAUCCCCCCUUCCGUCCUCUCGUACCCCCCUCCCCCCUCCCUGUGUCUUCCCCUGUGUGUUGGUGACCCCGCAACCCCACCCGCUCCCGUUUGAACCCUUGUGUCGUGUCGCUACUCUGACCCAAAGCCGCCCUCUCACCCCAUGCUUGGGACAAAGCCAACCCACUGCCAGCCCAAUGACUGCCUGGAUCGUCCUGCCUGUCAGCCUGUCUGUCUUCUCCAUCACAGGAAUAUGGAUAGUAUAUGCCAUGGCUGUGAUGAAUCACCAUGUUUGUCCCGUGGAAAACUGGUCCUACAACGUGACCUGCACAGAAGAGCUGCUCCGCCCAGGCUUUCCCAAGACCUGUUGCACCAUCCAGGACAUCCCCCUAAUCAGUAAAUGUGGUUCUUUCCCUCCUGAAAGCUGCCUGUUCAGCCUCAUCGGCAAUGUUGGAGCCUUCAUGGUGGUGAUGGUGUGCCUUCUGCGCUACGCCCAGGUGGUCGAACACAGCCACGGGUGUUGGGUCAACACCGGCGCUCUGGUGUCGGGUUGCACCAACGCAGUGGGUCUGGUCAUGGUGGGCAACUUCCAGGUGGACCACGCCAAGUCUCUGCACUACGUGGGCGCCGGCGUGGCCUUCCCAGCAGGACUUCUGUUCGUGUGCUUGCAGUGUGUGCUCACCUACCGGGUGGCACUGACCGCCCUGGACUACUGGAUGGCACACCUCCGUGUGGCUCUGGCACUCGCAGCCAUGGUCUCCCUCGUCCUCAGCGGCAUCUUCUUCGUGCACGAGAGCUUCACGCUGCAGCACGCCGCCGCCAUCUGCGAGUGGGUCUUCACCGUGGACAUCCUGGUCUUCUACGGGACUUUCACCUACGAGUUCGGCACGGUGACGGGCGAGACCAUGAUGGCGGCCCUGCAGCAGUGCCUCCACCACGGCUCGGGGGUGAUCUUGGGCCCCCGGUCCCGGGACUCGGCGCUGAGCGGCGGCGGCGGCGCCACCAAAGGCCUCAAGUCGCCCGGCGGCAGCAGCACGUCCACACACCUCAACUGCACCCCGGAGAGCAUAGCCAUGUUGUAGCACGGCAGGGGACUAACUCUAGGACGCUUUUUUUAUACAAGUCUUAUAUCAUUGUUUCCUCUGGAGGGGUGUGGGUGUCCUCAACACCAACACCAGUCAAGUACAUGCCAACUUGUGGGUGUCCUCGCCACCAGGGCUCAAGUACAUGCCAGCUUGUGGGUGUCCUCACCAUUAGGAGUCAAGUACAUGCCAGCUUGUGGGUGUCCUCACCACCAGGACUCAAGUACAUGCCAACUUGCAGGUGUCCUCACCACCAGGACUCAAGUACAUGCCAACUUGCGGGUGUCCUCACCACCAGGACUCAAGUACAUGCCAACUUGCGGGUGUCCUCACCACCAGGAGACAAGUACAUGCCAGCUUGUGGGUGUCCUCACCACCAGGAGUCAAGUACAUGCCAGCUUGUGGGUGUGCGGGUGUCCUCACCAUCAGGAGUCAAGUACAUGCCAACUUGUGGGUGUGCGGGUGUCCUCACCAUCAGGAGACAAGUACAUGCCAGCUUGCAGGUGUGUGGGUGUCCUCAACACCAACACCAGUCAAGUACAUGCCAACUUGUGGGUGUGCAGGUGUCCUCACCACCAGGAGUUAAGUACAUGCCAACUUGUAGGUGUUUGGGUGUCCUCACCACCAGGAGUCAAGUACAUGCCAGCUUGCAGGUGUUCUCACCAACACCAGUCAAGUACAUGCCAACUUGCGGGUGUCCUCACCACCAGGAGUGAAGUACAUGCCAGCUUGCAGGUGUCCUCACCACCAGGAGUGAAGUACAUGCCAGCUUGCAGGUGUCCUCACCACCAGGAGUGAAGUACAUGCCAGCUUGCAGGUGUCCUCACCACCAGGAGUGAAGUACAUGCCAACUUGCAGGUGUGUGGGUGUCCUCACCAUCAGGAGUGAAGUACAUGCCAACUUGCAGGUGUGUGGGUGUCCUCACCAUCAGGAGUGAAGUACAUGCCAACUUGCAGGUGUCCUCACCACCAGGAGUCAAGUACAUGCCAGCUUGCAGGUGUGUGGGUGUCCUCACCACCACCAGGUGUCAAGUCCAUGCCAGCUGACAAGUGACUGCAAUACAAUAUCAUCAUUUCAAAACUAUAAGCUCUUUUCUACAAAUGGCUUUGCUCUCUUACUUUUUCUCUGAGUUCUUUCCAAGCAAAGUGUGACUUGUCUGCUGAUGUUUGCUAGCUGGCCAACUACCUCGACUAAGGAGGUCUUCUUCUUUAUUUCCAUGUGCUAGCAGAUGAUGCUAAACCGAGGUUGAAAAGCUGCCAGCUGUGUUAAAUCCACUUGGAGGCCUUGGUGGAGGUUUUCUUUUUCUACUCUUCAUCACCGAUCAGCCGAUCUGAUAUUUGCACGCCACUUUUUGAAGGACAGAAUAUUCGUCACAGGUGCAGGAUCCUGAAUGUUGAAGACAGGACUGCCUUUUUUUUUUUACUCUUUUUAGAAUCGUGUUUGGUUGUCAUUUCAAAUCGUAGACCAUCCCAAUAUUUGUUUUUGUCACCUGAAUUUCAACAUAAGACUGUUUCCUCUUUUAUCAUUUGGCCCCAAAGUUGUAGAAUUAUUGCCUUUUUAGCUUUGAAUCUACCAAAGAUUCUCCAAUUGUUUGACUUCCUGCCGUUGUCAACCACUCCUGCAUGUCCGUGCUGUCCAGGACUCGGGUCUACAUGGCACGACCUGCUUAGUCAGCAGACUAGGAGUUGAACAUCCAUCCAUUUUAUACCGCUUAUUCCCUUUGGGGUCGUGGGGGGGUGCUGGUGCCUAUCUCAGCUACAAUCGGGCACAGGGCGGGGUACACCCUGGACAAGAUGCCACCUCAUCACAGGGCCAACACAGACAGACAACAUUCACACACUAGGGACCAUUUAGUGUUGCCAAUCAACCUAUCACCAGGUGCAUGUCUUUGGAGGUGGGAGGGGCCUAUCCCCAGGUGCAUGUCUUUGGAGGUGGGAGGAAGCCCACGCAUUGACGGGGAGAACAUGCAAACUCCACACAGAAAGAUCCUCAGCCUGGAAUUGAACCCUGACUACUCAGGACCUUCGUAUUGUGAGGCAGACGUGAAGCCCUGAGUUGAGCAUCCAUCCAUCCAUUUUCUACCGCUUAUUCCCUUUUGGGGUCACAGGGGGCACUGGCGCCUAUCUCAGCUACAAUCGGGCGGAAGGUGGGGUACACCCUGGACAAGUCGCCACCUCAUCACAGGGUCAACACAGAUAGACAGACAACAUUCACACACUAGGGACCAUUUAGUGUUGCCAAUCAACCUAUCCCCAGGUGCAUGUCUUUGGAGGUGGGAGGGGCCUAUCCCCAGGUGCAUGUCUUUGGAGGUGGGAGGGGCCUAUCCCCAGGUGCAUGUCUUUGGAGGUGGGAGGGGCCUAUCCCCAGGUGCAUGUGCAUAUCAUUCAAUAAUAAUUUCCCCUUUAACCAGAAACAUUUGAAAGCUGCUGUCCAGGUAAUGAUUCCGCCUCACAAUGAGUGUCAGAUGUUCUCCAAGUUAAUAAACACUAAGGUUGGUCCGACAUCAUCACACCCCGACAGUAUUUCACUUUUCUAAUGUUUUGUUUUUUUUAAAAACAAGAACAGGUCCUUCAAGUAUUGCUCAUGAACAUAUCAAUUGUCCACAGUUUCAUCUCUCUUGUGUUCUGCACCUCUUGCCAAGAAAACUGAUUGUUGAACUUCUGUAUGGACUUGAAAGAUUUGAGCCCCACCCUUGUUGAUGUGCCAGGGAAACCCCAUGUUUGGCUCUCAGUCCCACUUCAACUUUGUGGCAGCAAAGUGUGACACUUCACUGGCAGCUUGGCAGCUUCCAUUUCUUCUUCUGCAUCAAAACAAUCCACCACGGGGCCAAAUUCACACUGGAUUGUUAUACAUUUUUUAUUUGUUGUUUUUUCAGUAGAAAGUACACUUCAGUAAAAAAUUGUUUUGUUUCUCUAUCUUCUGUAAAUAUGUUCGAUUUGUCAUCUAUUGUAGGUAUUUUGAUUUGACAGAGAUUUAUAUUCAAAUAUGAAAUAAAAUCUUAAAUUGAG